GAAAUGCAGCACACGCGUCGAUCAACAUUCGAUGGUUGGUAGCCCAUGAAAACGCACCCAACACUUGUGUAUAUCAGCCCAUAGAAACGUACCCAACAUUCAAUCCAACAUUUGUAUAAUUAGAGAUUGGAAACGCAUCUAAAGUCUAACACUUGUGAAUGUUGGUGGAUAGAAACCUUUGUGAAAAUCAGUGAACGUACUUAACGUCCAAUGUUUGUGUAUGUUGCGAGAUGUGACAGAAUGUGGUGAAACGCUAGAAUUGGUGGUGCAAGAUGAAGUUUUCAAAAACGGAAGAUGGGAGGGAAGACAGAGGUCAAGAGGUGAGAAGAAGAACUAGGAGGAUCAGGCAUCAUAGGAAAAUCUGCGAACUUCAAGCUGAGCUAGAACACGAAGACGCAGUACCUCACGAUGCUGAAGCAGCGGGCUACUCUGCUUGUGCUCUUGAAACCUUGAGGUUUUUGUCUGCUCAGGGACUACCACAUGACCACCCCAUGGUGAAACGGAUCAGGGAGAAGCUGCUUAAGGAACACGACAAGUGA